UGGUUCCUCGUUCUCGAUCUUCGCCCAAGAUCAUUCUUCUUGCUGUAUCAUUGCUAUCCAGAAUUGUUUCUUGUAGUCUAAACCACCAUGUCUGGCUGCUGGGCGAUGCACAGUGGCACGAUCCAAAGGAUCAGUGUUGACGUGCCCUGUGGACGUACCAAUUCCACUCAUCCAUAUGUAACCUGCUGCGUGGCAGGCGAUUACUGUUUGAGCAACUCCAUCUGCGAACAUGUCAGUAAGGAUGGCACGAAGGGAUAUUACAAUGCCGACUGCACGGAUCCAACUCUGCAGGAUCCCGCAUGUGGGACUCGAUGUGGAGGUAGAAGAGAAUCCGACCUUGUUUUCAUCCAAGAUCGCGGUGUCUGGGCCUGCUGCACUAGUGAUAAUGGCACCAUUGAUUGCAACAAUCCCAGCAUCGAGGUGUAUCCCGGUCCAGCAACAGCUGAUCUUGCUACGAUACAAUAUGUCCCUGCCACUGGGACGCCGACCUAUCCCGCACCGACAGGAACAGCGACAUCCACUUCAAAUACUACAGUCACUCAGACUUCGUCUUCAUCAUCUGGCGUGAGUCCUGGCGCUGCGGCUGGGAUCGGAGUCGGAGUUGGAGCCGGUGUUGCUCUUGCUGCCUUCAUGAUUGCGUUCUUGUUCAUGCGAAAUCGGAGGCAAGCACAAAGUCGAUCUGCUACAGCGCCUGCAGGCUACAAUAGCGUACUAAGUCCGACAACAUACCAAACAUCACCGGCCGCUUGGACCGCCGAACCUGAAGUGCGACUGGCCCCAAUAUACGAGCUAAGUCAUCCAAAACAACCACGAGGUGAACUUGAUUCACAAUAGAAGUAAUAGUGGUCAUGUCUCGGGGCUGGCUGGAAAGAUCUCAUCUCCGAAGGGGCCCCGAGUCUGUCACGAUAGAACUAAACAAAGCCGGAGAGAACGGUAAUGUUUCACUGAGCUGUCCACAACCGACAUCGUGAGCGGGAAGGAUUAUCGGAUUUACGACAGAGAAAGGAACAAUGGCGUAUAUAUGACCUACCACACCAUAGGGAAGACGCUUCCAGAACCGGUGAAUAUUCGGAGACAGUCUACGAGGAUAUCCUUCAGAGAAACCAUACUUUGCGUCGAACUGGAGCUGGAGUUAUGGAUCUUCCUUUUCGAGGAAGAUCAUUGGGAUACGAGAGUGG